UCUCGGUGUGUUUGGUCGGACUUGAGAACGGUGUCUGAUUCACAGAGUAAAGACGUCUAUAUUGUCAUCUCCGAGUUAAGAACUAAACAAACAAACCUGGAGGAAUCGAGGAUAAAUCGGUGGCAAUUCAGGAAGAAGACGGCCUUUGAGAGAUUGCGCUUCCUUUCUUAGGUGGACAAUGGGCGCCGUCUUGGGGGCCUUCUCCAUCGCCAGCUGGGUGCCAUGUCUGUGCAGCAGUGCAACAUGUCUUAUGUGCAGAUGCUGCCCACACAGCAAGAACUCCAUAGUGACACGUGUGAUCUAUGCCUUCAUCCUGCUGCUGGGGACUAUUAUCGCCUGCAUCAUGUUGUCUCCUGGUGUCGACCAGCAACUGAAAAAAAUUCCAGGCUUUUGUGACGGAGGUGCAGACUCGGGAAUUCCAGGCGUCCAUGCAAAUAUUAACUGUGAGAUUUUUGUGGGGUACAAGGCAGUGUACCGUGUCUGUUUUGGCAUGAGCGUGUGCUUCUUGGCCUUCUCUGUUCUGAUGAUCAACGUGAAGAACAGUCGAGAUCCCAGAGCGGCCAUCCACAACGGUUACUGGUUUUUUAAGAUUGCAGCCAUGGUGGCAGUCACAACCGGUGCCUUUUACAUUCCAGAGGGGCCUUUUACUCGGACUUGGUUUGUUGUGGGGACAUGUGGAGCUUUCUGCUUCAUCCUUAUUCAGCUUGUUCUACUGGUGGACUUUGCCCACUCCUGGAAUGAGUCCUGGGUGGAUAACAUGGAGAGGGAAAAUGCCAGGGGCUGGUAUGCUGCCUUGCUUGCCGUAACUGUACUGAACUACAUCCUGUCCUUCAUUGCUAUUGUCCUCUUCUACGUUUUCUACACUCGCCCAGAGGAGUGUGGACUCAACAAGUUCUUCAUUAGCUUCAACAUGCUUCUGUGUAUCACAGCUUCAGUUAUUUCUGUACUGCCCAAAGUCCAGGAAUCCCAGCCCAGAUCUGGUCUUCUUCAGUCAUCCAUCAUCACGCUUUACACUGCCUACUUGACCUGGUCAGCAAUGACUAACGAACCAGACCGCACAUGUAACCCCAGCCUGCUUAGCAUCAUCCAGCAGAUCGCUGCUCCCACGCUGGCUCCUCUGGAGGUUGAGAACCAGACAGCUGUGAUCAUUGUGGAAACAGAGGAUCCUGUGCCAUCGUCCCCAUACUUGCAGUGGUGGGAUGCUCAAAGCAUUGUGGGAUUGGCCAUUUUUGUGCUUUGUAUACUGUACUCAAGCAUACGCUCCUCCAAUACGAGUCAGGUGAAUAAACUGACCCUGGCAUCUAAUGACACCACCAUUCUGGAGGAGAGCUCCACAGGAACUCCCGAGGAGGUGGAGGAGGGACAGGGGCCGAGACGAGUUGAAGACAACGAGAGAGAGACAGUCCAGUACAGCUACUCUUUCUUUCACUUCAUGCUUUUCUUGGCUUCACUUUACAUUAUGAUGACUCUCACCAACUGGUACAGCCCAGAUGCAGACUACAACGCCAUGACCAGCAAAUGGCCUGCGGUUUGGGUGAAAAUCUCGUCCAGCUGGGUGUGUAUCACCCUGUACGUGUGGACACUCAUCGCCCCGAUGGUCCUCACCAACCGUGAUUUCAGCUAGAGAUUUUCGGUUCAUGUCUUUUGUGAUGUGUCACUGAAAAGAAGACAUGUCACUACUCCAUAAUCUAUUCACAUUCAUUCGUUUCAGUGUCUUUUCAGAGUACAAGAUACCACAUUGCCUUUAGUAGAUGCAGAUUUUCCAGUUGAAUUGUAAAUGGAUUUUUUGGUGUUUUGGUAUUUUUUUUUGUGCAAGUCUUACAGUGGAUCUUUUGUAACAUUUUCCCUCUCAGUCUGGUAGUGUGAAUUAGUAAGCCAUGUUAUGUAACCUGUGGAUUUUUUUAACGGGACCAGCAAAGUCAUGUUACUUAAUAGACUGACCUUCAUUCCUGUAUAUGAUGAAUAUUGGGGAAUAGGUGUAAAAAGAAUGAAUUGAUUCCAGUUUUAUCCAUACACUAGUCAUGCUGAGGUUAUAGUGAUAUCAAACAUGCAAACUUUGUUUUUGCAUUCCUUUCUCUGUCAACCAAACGACACUACUUGUUAAAAUGCAAGCUACUAGUCAAAGACACGAAUUUAUACAUCUAAAAAAAUCAAAGCUAAAUUGAUUUUGUGACACAUGUCUGUAUUAUUAUCUUUACAACAAUCUUGCUUUGUUUUAAAAAUUAAUUUAAAAUUAUGUACUUGUUUGCACAUAGAAUUAUGAAAGCUAUAGUAUUAUGUAAAAUCACUCAGUGGUUUGAAUAUAUUUUUGGAUAUAAAUGAUUGAGUUGUUAUUGAGCUUGUCAAGAUUUGUUCACAAAUUGAUUCGUCAAAUAUCAGAGUUGUCACAAGCUACUGUAGGUUGCUGCUAUGCCUUAAAUGCCUUACCUCUGUUUCGCUCACUGUUUUGUAUUUCAGAUUGUGUGUUUGUUUGUAAAGCUUUAGUGAAUCAAAAAUGAGAAUCUAGCAGGGUAGAAAGGAGAAAGUGGUUUCUCACUCUGUCGUUUGAUGAAUUUAAGCACAAAUAUGAGGACUUCUGGCAGCACAAAUUCUUUUUUUGGCAAAUGAAACAAAGCCCUCUGGCUAUUUAUAGAGUUCUCUGUACUGCUCACUGUAAUACCAUAUAUAGAUAUAGCUGAUCUUCUUAUUUAAAUCAUCUUCUUUUCUGACCAUAAGCACAGUUAGAUUAGACAGUUGAACAGCAGUUCAGUAUCAGAAUUACAAAAGUUGCACUUGUCCAUUCAAUGUAACGUUAAUGUAAAAAAAAAGAAGAAAAAAGAAAGAAAGAAAUACAUCUUCAUCAUAGCAACAAGAUGAGUCGCAUCACAAGUGAGAGUGCAUCACAGUAAUAUACCAAAAAUUUGAUUCACAAAGGCUAAAUCAUGGAUAUGCUGUUCCAGGAUAUUCUCAACCCAAUUCAGGUUUAGUUGCAUUUUUGAAACAAACAUAUGGAGGUAAGCAGAUGCUAAGUAAAGGCAUAUUUUAAGAUUGCCUCCAAAAAAGACUGAAAGAUCAGACCUUUCUCAAAAAUGUAUUUUGGGUAAUAUAAGCUAUUUAUAAUUGAGACAUUUAUGCUUGUACCAAAUAUGUUGAAUAUUUUUACUGCUCUGUAUACUCUAUGUUUCUGUCUUUGCAUCGGAGCUGAAUUAAAGGAGUGUGUAGGCCGA